AAGAAGCGAAUCGUUUUUGUGUAAUCGUUACAGUGCCAUUUUCUCUCUGAUUCUAAAUCUGAAGCAAGCAAAGUGAAGAAGAUGACAGAGGCAGAUCUUAAUGGUAUCCCUGCUCAAGCUGAAAUCCUGCCAGUUGCUGAAGCCCCGUCUAGUACAGUAUUGAACAAGGUUAAGAUAAUGCUGGGAAAGCUCAAGGAUACGUCUCAGAGUUUGGAUAUUUUCAAGGCAGUAGGUGCUAAGAUCGACUCUGAGGUAUCAGGUUGCAAGAACAUGGCUGCAGAACUCAUUGUGCUUUCUUCAACUGGGGCAUCAACCGCAUCUGCACCAGCACCUACUGCUACUCAGGCUAUCCCUGCUCAAGCUGAAAUCCCACCAGUUGCUCAAGCCCCAUCUAGUACAUUAUUGAACAAAGUUCAGAUAAUGCUGCGAGAACUCGAGGAGACGUCUCGGAGUUUGAAGAUUUUCAAGGCAGUAGGUGCUAAGAUCGACUUUGAGGUAUCAGGUUGCAAGAACAUGGCUGAAGAACUCAUUCAAACAGAUGUGAUUGGUCAAGCAGCGUCAAACCUUGUUGCUGGAACUACUUUAGACUCCACUGUUCAGAAAAUUCUUGACAUAGGUGGUGGUAGUUGGGACUAUGACGCUGUUGUUCGCGCUCUGAGAGCUUCCUCAGACAAUCCUGACACAGCCAUUGAGUAUCUGUACUCGGGUAUCCCUGCUCAAGCUGAAAUCCCACCAGUUGCUCAAGCCCCAUCUAGUACAGUAUUGAACAAGGUUCAGAUAGUGCUGCAAAAGCUCGAGGACACGUCUCAGAGUUUGGAGACUUUCAAGGCUGAAGUUGCUAAGAUCGACUCUGAGGUAUCAGGUUGCAAGAACAUGGCUGCAGAACUCAUUGUGCUUUCUUCAACUGGGGCAUCAACCGCAUCUGCACCAGCACCUACUGCUACUCAGGCUAUCCCUGCUCAAGCUGAAAUCCCACCAGUUGCUCAAGCCCCAUCUAGUACAGUAUUGAACAAGGUUCAGACAAUGCUGCCAAAACUCGAGGAGACGUCUCAGAGUUUGGAGAUUUGCAAGGCUGAAUUCGCUAAGAUCGACUCUGAGGUAUCAGGUUGCAAGAACAUGGCUGAAGAACUCAUUCAAAGAGAUGUGAUUGGUCAAGCAGCGUCAAACUUUGUUGCUGGAACUACUUUAGACUCCACUGUUCAGAAACCUCUUGCCAUGGGUGGUUGUAGUUGGGACCAUGUUGUUCGUGCUCUGAGAGCUUCCUCAGACAAUCCUGUAAUCCCGCCAGUUGCUCAAGACCCAUCUGCAUCUUCUCAGGUUAUCCCAAAACUGAAACCAAGCCUCAUCACAGCUUCGCGCAUAGAGAAGAGCUUUCAACUCUUAAAGGAUAUGCAGCCGGACAAAUCGUAUUUGCACAGGCAAAUCAAAUUAGGCGAAGCAGUGGAUGAGCUGAGAGGAAAGGCUCCGAGAAGAAAAGAGAAAUUUCUGUUAAAGAAAGAUUCAAGGACAGUAAAGACGACAGAGAAGGGGACCGAGAAUCUUGUUUUGAAGAAAGAAGCAAUGAGCAUUGAUCCUGAAAUGUUCAUUGAGGCCAAUUCAUUUACAGAGCAGUUUGAUAUGAGUCAUCCUAGCAAGAAGAGCGAAAAGAGAGGUCUAAGAGAGAAAACAAAAAAAGGUAUGAAGAGUGCAACUGAACAGAGACAAUCUCUGCCUCCUGAGAAGAGUGAAGGUUCUGUAGCUGAGAUUGAAGAAGAAGCAAAGCUGCGUGAAGGUAUAAAACCUCUUGUUGAUGAAGUAGCGGACGAAGCAUCAAUUUCUCUUUCUCUCAUGCAAGAGUUGGCGAAAUAUGAGAGUGCGGAAAGAGAAGUUCGAAGACUGCUAUGGAUUAUCAUGGAGAAUGAGUCAAAUGAGGAAAAGGAAAGACUGAAAUCUCGCUUUGAGAAUGCGAAAGCGAGUGGGAAAGCUUUUGUGAGAGAGAUGUUGCAAGCAUCUGACAAGGAAAAGGCUUUGGAAAUUGUGAAGAAAGAGAGGAGGACAACAGAUCAUGGAGUGCAGAAAUUCAAGCUAGAGGUUACAAAGCUUGAGAAACAGAAGAAGAGGCAGCAAGAGAAGGAGAAGCAGGAACAGAAGAAGCAGCAAGAGAAGGAGAAGCAGGAACAGAAGAAGCAGCAGCCACAGAAGAAGAAGAAGAGAUGAGACUUGGGAAGUGUCAUUGUCUUUGGAAGAGAUGAAACCUUUUUGUCUUUGGCUACUCUGUUGAAUUCUCCAAGGAUAAACUCUUUAGUCUUUUAGUUUUGACAGAUAGACUCAAAGUCUCCUGAAACAUUGUGUUCUUUAGCCCAAUGUUCGAUCUGAAUCUUGCUUGUGUUCUCAACAAACACAAGUAACUGAGGUUUUGAUUUGAUUUCCAAUGGCUGAAUGUUCAAUAUCUGAGUCUCUUUUGAUAAGAAACAUUAAUUGCAGUU